GUCGACUUGUGUAUCCCUAACAAAAAAAUAUAUACAUCCUCCUCUUAUAAAAACAACAUUUCUGUAAUUUUUUGCUUUGUUGAGACAAAAAUUUAAAUAAAAUGUCCCACAAAUAAUGUAAAUAAAUAUGUAUAUUGAAUUAAAUACUGUUUGUGUCCAGUGUGCAUAAGGAAUAAACAAAAUAGUAAUGAUACACAAUUUAGAAUUUAGGGAGUUGGUUGUCGUGAAAAAAAGAAAGAAAAGAACUUAGUUGUUGGACAAACUCUUGAAUGGUAAAAAUACCAAUAGACAGGAGGAAAAAACGAAGAAAAAAACUUGUGAUAUUCGGUUAAAAAGAAAAAAAUAAUGCUGCAAAAAUAAGCCGAAUAGCAUUGGACAAAAAACGGGAAAAAUUACAUAAAUUUUUAUCCAGAGGGAGGAGACGUUUUAACAAAAAAGAAAAAAAAGAAAACCCGAAAAAUAAAUUUCUUCCACCACACAUUUGUCGUUUGUGUAACUUGUCUCUGUAUGUAUGUAUGUUCAUUCGCAAGCAAGCAGGCAGAGCCAGUCAGAGUAUAAUACAACAGUAGACACAAAGUUUUUAAAGUUUGUGCUAUUCUGCAUGUCGUCUGAAUUUAAUAAACAUGGUGAAAUUGAUGGCCACCACCAGCAUACGCUUCUAUAUUAGCUUUCUGAUUACGAAUCAUGACAGAAGGACAUGAGAGCGAUUUUUUAGUAACAGUAAGAGCACAGGUUAUGACCAGAGACGAAAGCACCGAAGGUUGGUUACCACUGGCAGGGGGUGGUCUGGCCAACGUUUCGAUACGUAAACGUGCUAGGCUAUCCCCUGGUGCUACUGGACAUGAAUACAUCAUAUACGGUCGAAGAAUAUCAGAUCAAAGCGUUAUUUUAAGUUGCGUCAUUAAUCGCGACCUUAAAUAUUACAAAGUUAUGCCAACGUUUCAUCACUGGCGAGCGGGUAAACAGCGAAAUGGUCUUACGUUUCAAGCUGCUGCAGAUGCCAGGGCCUUUGAUAAAGGUGUAUUGCGAGCAUACAAUGAAUUAAUUGAUGGCAUGGCAAAAUCGAAUCCUUCCAUUAUAUGUCCACCACUGACCAAAUAUGAUUCUGUUGGCGAAGACGAUGUUUUCAUGACACUUGACCUACCCUGUGAAUCUUUGGAAAAUAAACAAAAGGGCUAUUCCAGUCCCGAGGGAAGUGAAAACAGUCACAGCUUUAAGGAUCGCGGGGAACGCUACACGGAAAGUUCUCAGGACAAAAAUGAUAAAGAAGUUGCCAAAAUUCAUUACAUAUCGGGUGAAAACUCUUGCUUGCAAACCACGCCAUCUCUACCUUCCAUGACCAGCUCAGCUCAAAAUAAGACAACGUCGAUGGUGAAUACCCACACAACGACAAGCACAACUGUAACAACUGUGGAAACAUCUCCAGUUAUAGCUCCUAGUGAAAAUUAUUCCUAUGUAACCUUAACUGCGGUUCAUGACUAUAAUUAUCCGGUAGUGGAUCAACCUGUGGCCGCACAAGUCCUAACACGUUGCGACUCGAUCACAACUCUCAAGAAAUUAAAUGCCAUUGAAGCUUCUCAUUGUUUGGCCGGAACUCAGUCUUCGCCCAUUUCCAAUGUCUUGAUCAAAGAUCCGGAAAUUGAUAUUCUCAAACAUAAAAUGCAGCAGAAAUCAAAUCCGGUGGCGCCAAUACAUAAUCAAAUGACAAGGUGUCGCUAUUGUCAGGAGUUGUACAAUGACGAAUGGAAUCGCAAAGGGGCUUGUGAGUUUGCACCAGACUGUUUUCGUUCGGGGUUCGAAUGCAUUUCGGGUAUAGGUUGUGCACGUUGUAUGCUUUAUCAUUUUAUGAGUGAUUCGGAGGGGGAAACACCCCAACAUCCCUGCGAGUGUGCCAAUGAGAGUGGAUGCACCAAAAGAUGGCUUGGUCUAACCUUGUUGUCUUUGUUGGUGCCCUGUCUGUGGUGUUAUCCUCCCCUUAGGGUAUGCCACCUAAUUGGCAUUGCCUGCGGCAUUUGUGGUGGGAAACAUAAACCACAAGUUUGACAUUGGGAGGCUGAAUUACAAAACAAUAAAACUAGAUGCAAACAAAAACACCACAAACAGCAGAAGCAGAAACAGCAUCCAGAGAAGCAGCAGCAAGGCUAUGAUGAUCUAUUUUCCUCGUCUUCAUACAAUUACAACAAUAGAUGGCAGCAGCGACAGCAAGAAUGCAAAAAUCAAUACGAAUGCGAUAUUAAUAUGUUCAAAAGACCACCACUACAAAACCAACAACAAUGCAAGCUUGUGGACGAUCGUCGUUCCACAAAAGCCGAAGAUUCCUUUAUACAUACCUGCAUUAAAAGCCAAAAUAACGAUUAUGGUAAUGUGUAUUACUAAAACCAUGCAAAACAAGCAGCAGCUUAACAAAACUCUCUCACCAAACCUCUACGAGAGUGAGAGAGAGAGAGGGAACUCAACUUGAGACUUCUCCUAUGUGUUUUUAUUCCUCUUUUUUUACUACUUAAUAAUGAGAAUUCCUAACAUGUUAUUACCGUUUUGUGGUCGAUUCUUUUGUAUUAAAGAAAACAAAGGCUGCAACAGAUUAAGUUAUAGCCAGCAUUUGUAGAUUAUGUUAAUGAAUUUGUCCUGUGUACAUUAUAUUUUUUGCUCUUUACUUUAUUUCCUGUUUUUUUUUGUACAUACAUGUAUAGGAAGAAAAAAAAAACAAAUCAUUUACACACACAAACACACACACACAAAAUACUUCAAAGAAGUACCUGUAUAACUAUUAUUAUAAUUAUAAAUUAUUAAAUUUGCACAAACAAAAAAAAAACAACUAAUUUUUUCUUCAAAUCAAAUUUAAUUUGUUCUAAAGAAAGAAAUAACCCUCACUAACAUACAUGUGUAUUUAAUUUAAGAAAGCCUUUGUUUUUAUUUCUAAUCUAAUAAUUUAAUGAAAACUUUUUUGUUUUGAAAAGAAAAAUAAUCGUUUUAAAAUGCUUAAUAACACCAGUAUUAUUAAUUUUAGUUAAUGUCGAAUAACUCUUUUUGGUUUCCGAAACAACAGAACACACAACAACACAAGUCCUUUGGUGUUAUACAUAACCUUACACUUUUUUAUUAUUUUUCUUUUUACUAAAUAUAAUAUUGUGAUUCUUACAACAUACACAUUUGUUUUACUCAAACGAAAAAGAAAAAAAUAAAAGAAAAAUUAAAACUUAUAUACAUACCAACAACAUAUAAUACAUAUACAUGUUACAUGUGCUAAAUAAUGAAAGUCACUAGAAAAACAAAUGAAGAUGAUAUUAAACGAAAAACCAACAUUUGUGUUUAUAUUGCCAUGACAAUUUCCAAUUUGCAGAUUUAUAUUCACAAUUGUCUACUAAUUGUUAGAAAAUGAUUUUUUUUGGAAAUUCCUUGGUUUGUUUUGUUUUAAAUUGAAAGAUAUAUGAAUAGUUUGUUUACUUUAGGGCUCAAAGUAUACAAAGUAUUCUCAAUAAAAAAAGAAAAAAAAAAUAAUAAAUAACUCCCACAAUUACUGGCAGUUGUGAAUAUUAACAAAAAAAAACAUUUGCUAUUUUGCUCGAAAUCUUGUGGUAAUAUAUUCAUGCAAAAUCUCUAUCUGUAAAAUCCCAAAAUUCAUACAUACAUAUAUUACAUAAACAACCCAUAAAAUGAUGUAUUAUUGUAAGUUAUUUGGAUUGAACAAACACAAAACAUCUAAUAUUUAUUAAUAAUAUUACAGCUUAGUAUAAAUAACUCGAACAACAACUAUAAUUUAACACAACAAACUAAAUAAUUAAAAAUACUUGCUUAAAUUCCUGUUUUUAUAACAUAUAAUAUAAAUAAUUGUUAUCCUUCAGGAAAACAUAAACCGAAAACAAAAGCAUUUUGAAUUUUUUGAAAAACUGGAAAUUUCAUUUUCUGCAUUUCAAAAAAUAUGAAAUCCAUGCUUUUGGUUUUCAUGCAAACCAACUAAUUUAGACCUUUUGUUCAAAUUGUGGAUAUUAAAGAAAAAAAAAACUAAAAUGAAUAAUAAAAAUAGCAAAUUAAGUUAAAAAGGUUGUUAUAAUUACAAAAAGAAAAAAAAAACACAAGAAACAAAUAAUCACUACAAUUUUUCUUCACAUAUAUGUGUAUAUGUAUAAAUACAAUACAUACAUAUGUAUAUUAAAUGCUAUUGGGAAAAAUACUUAAAAAUUAUAUAAUAUUAAUUAACAUAUACAAAAAAAAAAAUGAAAAGAAAAUAUAUAAAUGAAACCAACCAAUAACAAACAUCCUUAGGACAAACAAAAAAAUAUAAAUAUUUUUUUUUGCGUAAAGAAUUGUUAUGAAAAUCAUAAAUAAGUACAAAACCAAAAUACUAAAACAAAAAGAAACACUUUCUUCAGUGGGCAUCAACCAGCGACGAUUCACAGCAGUCAGCGGUCAAUGUUCAUUAACCAACCAACCAACCCCUCCAUGAAUUCUUAAUAAGUACAAAAAGGUAACACAAACAUACAACACAUUUUUCAAAACCCCACAAACAUCCAUACAAACAAAAAUAGAAAAAAAGUGUAAAACAUAACUAGCAUUGUCUUCUUUUUGCCUAACAAUAACAAGAAAAUGUAACAGAAAAAAAGAUUAUCCGCCAAAAAACAAUAUCAGAUGCUAUUAGAAUGGGGAAGACAAACAAAGUAAUAAUCAUAUAACAUCUUUUCCCCCCAUCUCAAAUAGUUUUCGUGUCAUUCUAUAAUGGAAACAACAACUAAAAUAAAAAAACGGAACAGAACACAGAAGAAAAAAGAAA